AUUAAAAAUUAUAGAAACAAAUGCUUUUAAGAAUUUGACACAUUUAUUACUUAAUUUUAAAUUGUCUACUGAUACAGAGAUGAGACAGUAUCUUUGCCAGUCCCUUAAAUCUUUAAAACAAGAAAAUGUAAACAUGGAAAUUACUUAUAAGCAUUUGGAAAAAACUUUAUCUAAUCAAUUAAAUGAUACUGAGAAAGCUUAUAAAUGUAAGGUAAAAGAAUUCAAGGAACUAAAGGAUGAACUUGAAGGCAUUGAGAAAAAUAUAUCCAACAAAUUUCUCAAGGAAUCAAAGGAUGAAAAAGAUAAAUUAAAUCAACAAAUCAUGAAAUUACAAAAAAAAUUGGAAAAUGAACGUGCCAGCAGUGAAAAUCGAAUAAAUCAGAACAUACGGGACUAUAAAAAUAAAGCUGAUUGGCUAGAUCAAGAAAAUCAGAAAUUGAAAAGACAAUUGAGCAUAUUUAACGUCGAAAAAACUAAAAUGAUGUCUGAUUACGAUAGCAAAAUAACAGAACUCGAAAAGGAACUAAUAAGUAUGAAAACCGUUCUCAAGAGAUUACAGGAUAAAUAUGAAACUUCUAAAAAUGAAAAAGAUAAAUUCGCCAACCAAAUCGAAAAAAGACAAGAAGAUUUUCAGUUUAUUCAAGAUUCCUCACAAAAAUUGUUAGAAGAUAUGGACAAAGGGCACGAAAUUAUACAAAAAUUGCAACAGGAAAAUAGAUUCUUUCAAAACAAACUUAAAGAUCAAAACGUUAUAAUUCUAAAGCAAGAAACUUAUCUUGAGGGAAAAGAAAAAGCUAUCAAAGAUUUGAAUAAUCGUUUGUCGGAUAUUUUGACGCAUGAAGAAUGUUUGCUAAACGAAGUUAAUGAAUUGCGUAAAAUAAAUGAUGGUCAUAGGGUUGAAAAUGAAAAUCUUCAUACCAAAAUUAAAUUGAAUGAAACUGGGCUCUAUAAAUAUCAGAAUGCAAAGGCACCAAUUGCACGGCCAGGCUCGGAUUUUUUUCGGCCUAACCCGGACCGGAUUUUAAAGUUUUCGGUCCGGCAUGGCCCAGUUAUAUCCUGGCUAAACAAACAAAUAAACGAACUGAAAUAUUCUCCUGACCAAAAGGGUUCCCCUAAAAAUGCUUAUAACGAACUUCAUGGCGAUACCAAUGGAAACAUAAAAAAAUUUGCCAACGUUAAAAUAUCCCAUAAUAAUUCGCAUAAUAAAAAUAACACCAAUAGAAUAUCCAUACCCCCUUUCAACGUUAUAAACCCCUCCAAUAAAAAUUCAAAUAGCGAUAAUAAUAACAAUGAAGUUACUUUGCCCGAUUUUUAUUUUAAACGAUAGCUACCAUUCAAAUGAUAGAUUUUUUCCCCUCAACAACCAAUCGAAAAUCCACGUCUACAUUUUUAUUUAAUUAAUAAGAUAUGUUUUUUAUAAACAUAAAGCUUAUUUUAUUUCAAUCAACAAAAUAUUUAAAUAUUUUACUUAAAUGAUUUUAUAUUAAAAUAUAUUUUGUUAGAUAUAAAUUGGCUAAUA